CAAACUAGGUCAUUGGCCUCUUUAAGAUACACGGAUUGCACAUCAAAGAUCAUUUUAAUUUCUCUCACGCCACAAGUGAAGUCGUCUGAGGAAUAGAACAGAGCGAUAAAGAGCUUUUCUAAAGGUACCUUGAUAAGAAAACCCUGAUGUAAUGACAAUCUGUAGGUUUUGCUCGCAGCUGCUGAUGGGUUCCUCCAGUUUGAGAGAGAUGAGCUGAGAUGAAUGUCUCUUCAACCCUUUGGAAAUGCAUAAUCACUACUAUUACCUUUUUCUUCAGAGGCUGCCCUCUGCUCCCCGCUCUCUGCGAGCGCUUCAUCCACCUUGGCAACGUCAUGGUGGAGCCAGCUCCACCUUUACUCUUGGGCUCGGAUCUGACGGUGUACUGCCAAAUUAAUCAAUGUCGACAGGGGCACAAAUUGUCCCUGGAGCUGAACUGGAAGGACGUGAAGGGGUCCAAGAGAAUCAACUGCACCACGGCAGUUUUCUAUCCUCGUGUGUUAGAGCCACAGUCCUCUGUGGUCUGCAAGAUGGGAAGCAAAUUCAUGUCCACUCAGAGAAUCGUCAAUGGAAUGACUCUACAGGCAGGAUUGCCUCCAGAUAAACCUGGAAAUAUUACCUGUGAAACUACGAGGAGCUCAGAGGUAAUAAGGUGCUCGUGGCUGAGAGGAAAGGAAACAUACCUCCGUGACUCCUACAAUAUUUCAGUCAGCAGACAAAAUGGGACUCAGUUGCACGUGAUGCACAUCCAGAAUGCAGAAGAAAUCACUUUACCGCGAGCGAUCUUUGACCAAAACACUAAACACCUGUUGACCAUCACCAAGUACAACCACUUUGGAACAUCGCAGUCUGAUCCCUUCAUCCUCUGCGUGACAGACAUAGUGAUACCAGAGACCCCUCUCAUUGUUAAGAUGGAGUUUGGGAACGACUCCUCGUCGGCCAUUUUGCACUGGAAUACCUCUGAGUGUUCAGGGCUUCUCAGAGCCCAAGUCAGACUACGCUCACAUGACGCGCUAUGGGAAGCGAGGGAGGGAUCAGAGGUCCAUGAGGGUCAAAUUCAAGUGGACAACCUACAGCCUCUGACCGAAUACGAGCUCCAGUUGAGAACAUGUGCUUCAGCAUCAUGGUUAAAGCAAACCGAAGCACCCGGCUUUACAACAAGCCCAAGAAUGCUCUGCAGCCACUGGAGCCCAUCUGUGAGGGAGAAAACCCCCGGAAAACGUCCAUCUCAGCAGCUGCAUGUGUGGAGAACCAUGGGAGACAAAAAUCAGAUGAGGCUUGUUACUGUUUUGUGGAAGCCUUUGCCUCGGAGGGAUUACAGCGGUGAGGUGCAACAUUACAGGAUCCUUGUGACGGGCGGCCAUGAAGAGACCUGCGCUGCCCCCUCCAGCAUGUGCUGCGUUCAGGUACCGGCCGGCGUCCAGGCGCUGAGCGUCUGGGCAGUGACCUCAUACGGAGCGUCUCCUCCAGCCACUGUGGAGCUCAGAAACUCAGGUGGUUUGAGGCCUAUUCUGCGAGAGGUGGUUCCUGCAGUUGACGGUGAUGCCGCGCACGUCUCCUGGUCCCCCUCCACUCACAAAGAACUGGUGUACUACAUAAUAGAAUGGGCGAGCGUGCCUGCAACGCAGCUGUGGUGGAAGAGGGUUGAAAAAGAUCAGAACAGCACAUCUGUCACAGGUUUGACUGCAGGUGUGAGGUACAAUGUGUCAUUGUAUGCCGUGACCACCAGAGGUGUCAGCGCUCCGGCAUCCCACCUUUUCUACUCCAGAGAACAGAAGCCAGCUAGUGGUCCCAGUGUGUGUGUGCUGGCCCAUGAGGUCGGACACAUCCUGAUCACGUGGGACGAGCUGCCCAUAGACAAGCGGAGGGGCUUUAUCACAAAAUACACCAUCUAUUUGCACAGCCUAGGCUCCAGCACAGAGCUCAAUGUUUCUGCAUCUGCCACAAGACAGAUGCUUUUGAAGAGUCCAAACGGACAUCUGGCUAUUCAGAUGACCGCGUCCAACUCUGCAGGAGAAGGGCCUCCGGGGAGCCGGGUGUCCUCCUGGCCUGAGGCUCAUAGAGGUACUUUUCCUGCUGCUGGUGAGGGGAUCGUGGUAGCGAUCGUCAUAUUCAUCUUCACAGUCUUUGUGGUCAACCUGCUGCGCUGUUCUUGUGUGAGGGAAAGGAUCAAACAGAAAUGCAUAGCCAGGGGACCGGCGUGGCUUGUAGGAAAUGUGCCAAAACCAGGACAGAGCAAUGCCAUAAAACUACUUAAGGAAGACCGAUACCAGCCGUCGUUCUCAUCUACUUAUAGUGACCCCCCACUCUCCAGAAUCAUUAUGAUUUCCCAGGAGGAGAGGGAUGAAGUUUACCCCGUCCUCCACGUCGAAGUGUCCGAGAUCAGAUCCGAAGGUCCCACAGGGGAGCAUCUUCUUUCAUCCACUUCCAGAAGAAUGCUUUACGAUGCCGGCUACAAACCCCAGACCGCCACGCCAGUUCUCCUGGACGAGGAGGAGGCCGAAGAGGAGGCCCAGGAGGACGCCUCAGACGAAGAGGACGCGGGCUCCAGCGCUCUGGACGGAUUACUGGGAGGCCUGUUGUCCAGUGUGAACGUGGAUUUCUCCGACUCGUCUCGGGGGCUGAAUCUCGGCUCCCUGUUUUGGUCUAAAACCCCUGAAACGCGGGUGAUGAAUAAAGUCUUCUUAAGGGAGAGGAGGGAGACGGAGGACGGCGUCGGGCCGGAGCCUCCUUGUCUCUUGGAGCAGGACGGUAAAAACGCCCCUGAGGCAGAUGACUUUUGCUCACCUCGCUGUGGAUUUGAGGCGACGCAGAGUGGGGGUUACUUCCCUCAGAUAGCGUCCUACAGGGCUCCCACGCCAGACAACCAGAGGUAGCACCACCAUGGAAGAGACCCACACUGCACUAAUCAAUACGUCAUGAAAGCAUUAUUAAAAAAACACCACUAUCAUGCUUGUACCUUUGUUUGAAUCAUAUGUGGUCCAAUUUCAAGUGUCUUAUUAUUAUAUAUCAUGUUCUGUGACAUGUGUAACAAUGUAUGUGUUACAACGGUUUAGAAAUUUGAAGUGUCAGCGAGGGAGGGGGCAGAAAUGCUUCAUAUUUCUAUAAAUGGACCAGGAUUUUGAAGCUUGACAGCAGAUUUGCUGGCAAAACAGGAGACAUACAGUAAAAUACACAAGUCAAAGUUCAACAUCUGGGGUGCAGAGACUCUCACACAGAUGUUCACGAUUGCACAAUCUGUGGCCAACAAUCACCUCUCAGGGCCUCACUCGUCCAUUCGUCCAUCAGCCUCAAUCCUUUCGUCUGUUUAGUUUCUGUACCUUAGGCAUCUUCUUUUCAUUUCAUUUGGAUUUCAGUUCUUAUUUUAGGUGUUAUCGCAAACAAACAGCUUUUCCUUUACGAUGGCAACAGAUCGUAAUGAUGAUGAGGGAUACCAGCACAAUUCACUCCAUCAGACCAGUGCAGACAAGUAGACUUUUACAAAGUCUACAUUUUUACAGGAGAAAAAAAAUCCUAUCAUGUUUCAAAAGAAAGACACAUUAUCUCCAGAACGAAAUAGGUUCUGAUUUGAGUCUCUGUAAGUCAAAACUUGUUUGCUGCGUGAUUCCUCUGAUCUCCGUUCCUGUUUUAUUUUUUCAUUGUGAAUAAAAGGAAAAUGAAUGUAGUUACUUCUCUUAUCUGUGGACUGUCAUAAAAUCAUCGAUUAACUCUUAGGCCAUGGAAAUAUUUGGAUGAUGACUCCGCUGGUUGUGAUAAACAGGCACAAAAUGC